CGGCCAGCACAACACCAAACAACGGGGCACGCACGCCUUUGGCAGCAGGGAGCGGCGGCAGAGGAAGGGGGGAAGGGAGCAAGCAAGGCAAGGGAUUCCGCCUCGCGAGAACGAUGGGGUUCAUGCUGCGGGUGAGGCUGGCCUCCUUCUUCGCCGGCGCCGCCGCCGCCGGGGCCGCCGGCGGCUUCUUCCUCUACAAGGACUACAAGCUCGCCCACGACUCCAUGGCCCUCCAGGUCAAAGGCCUACAAGACCAUGUGGAUGCCCGUUACAAAGCUCUUGACAAACGACUUGCUACAUUGGAAGACCAGAAAACCAGCGAGACUGCUCCAGACGUGGGCGUGCCAUCUGAUUAGUCUGUUCAUUGGCUGGCUUGAGUAUGGAUGAUUUACGACUGUUUACUUUAACCUGUGUUAUCGUCUCUUGGAGGCAAAAGCCGAUGACUGACUGCAAAAUAAUUUAGUGAAGAGUUUUUUUUUUGUGUGUGGCAAUGAAGCUUCUGUAGUGUUAUAGAUGCCCAUGGGGAUACCCAACCUUGCAAAACCAUUUCACUUUUGAUGGCACUGAACCUUGGCAGUCAAGCUCGAUCAUUUACCAAUGUACCUGUGUGAAAGUUUCUUUACCUGUUUGCUGCCAGGAACUUGGAUGUUUUAAGAUGCCUGCUGUUAUUCUUUUUCAAAA